AUGAAUAUUGAGAAAUAUACAAGAAGAAAUAGAUGUACAAUAUGUUCGCAUCUUUCUUUGAACCAAGAAAGUAGAAAUGAAAAUCCUUGUGAAACAUAUUUACUUCAAUUUUUAAUUGAAUUACAAGAAAAACUUGAUAAUCAAAAUAAAAUAGAUGAACAUUUUUGUAAUUCAAUUUUUGCUGAUGAAGAUGAUAUUAAUCAAACAUCAUGCAAUGGUUUAACAUUGAUGCAUGUUAAUAUUCUUGGUGGUCGACGUAGUGCGUCUGUAAAUGAAUCUGAAGAAGAAAAUAAUACAUUCGUUCCACCAUAUGAAGAAAUAAUAGCAUUGCAUAUUUGUCAAAUUCUUUUAAAACGUGGUGCUUCGCCGAAUGGAAAUACUAUUUAUGAAAUGCGUCCACUACAUAUUGCUAUUAGAAGACAAUGGAUGCAAGUUAGUCGACUUUUGUUAGAAGCAGGUGCAAAUCCUAAUAUUCCCGAAAAAGAUAUAUAUGCUUCUCGACCUAUGGACAUUGCUGUACUCAAUGAUGAUCCAGAAAUGAUUGAAUUACUUCAUCUAUCUGGUGCUUCUUUACAUGGAUUUAAAUCAAUGUUUCAUCUACCACCACUUGCUGAAGCAUUUACUCGAGGAUAUUUUGAUGUAUUCAAAAUUUUAUUAGAACUUGGUGCUAAACCAAUAUUAAAUCUUCAUAGAAAUAUAUUUCGUUCAUUUGGUACACAAUUAUUUGAUACAGGUAUAGAAGGACGACGACAUUUUAUACAAUUAUUAUAUGAUCAUGGAGGUGAUAUUGAAUCUCAAUUUAAAUUACAUGCAUUACGUAUUGAAUCGGAUGGAAUUACUCUACAUGAACCAUAUUUAAGAUUUAGUUGUGAUCCUAUUUGUAUUGCUGAUCUUGAUCCAGCUAUAUUUAAAAAAUGGAUUUGUGAAUCUCGUUCAUUAAAAGCACUUUGUCGUUUAACUAUUCGUCGUUAUUUUUUUAAUUUCUUCAAUGAUGGUUUUAAACGUCUUUCAUCUCUUAAAUUUCAAGGCCAAUUAAAUAUUGACUUGUACUAUUAUCUUAUGUUUAAUAAACAAACAUAA